AACAGCUAUGGCGGCACUCAAUGUUGACGACGAAUCGGUUUACCGACUCGAAGGAUCCAAUUCUGAGCAAAAGGGUGGUUUGAUUAUCAAGAAAAAAAUUAAAAGUGAACCUGAAGAUGAUGACUUUAAAAAGCCGAUGUUGCCUACGUCCGGAUCCCUUCUUGGCCUCGACAAACUCGCUGCUUUGAAGCGUAAAGAAAACGAAGAAAAAAAGCCCACAUUGAAAAGUGAGAAUGAUGAUCAAGAAGGUGAUCAAGCAAACAAAAGGACGGACAGGAAAGACAGAAAUUACCGUUCUAAAUAUGAAGAAACCCCAACACAUACGGGUGGCAUUUCACGUGAAGCAAAAGAACGAUUAGCAGGCAGACAAAGCAAAUAUCAGGAAAAAGGAAUUCAUGCCUCUUCGAAGCGACCGAGACGCGACGAUGAACCAAGGUCAAGAGAUAGAGACAGAAGAGAUCGUGAUAGAGAUCGAAGAAGAGAUCGAGACAGGUCAGAACGGAGCUACAGAUCAGAACGAUCAGGCAGGUCCGAUCGAUCAGAGCGUACCCCAAGAUUCUCGGAUGAGCCAGAAACUCCAAAAUUCCGAGGAGCUAGAGAUUUAUCUAGGUCUACCUGGGAUGAAGACGAACCGUCCGGCCAAAGGAAAUCAACAUGGGAUUUUCCCACUCCAAGUUCUCACAGGGACCAUUCUGACUGGUCUGAGAGAGGCACAGAACGUGGCUGGAAGAGGAAUAUAGAUGAAACCCCCAUGCCAACUCCAACUCAUAAGUACAACGCUUGGGCAAGAGAUAAGAAAAAGUCUGGUGCCACACCAGCAGUGAAAGGAGGUAGUUUAAUAAAACGUAAUUCUUACGCCAAAUGGUUAUAUUUUAAAAAUUUAGAUGGUAAUGAUUGGGAAGAGUACGAAGACUGGGAAGAUGAGCAGAAACGACUUGACAGAGAGUGGUAUCAAAUGGAUGAGGGUUACGAUGAUGCUCACAAUCCCUUUUCUAAUGUGUCGGAAGACUACACAAAGAAGAGGGAGGAGCAGCUUGAGCAGAAGAAAAUAAAAAGAAUGUCAGCUCAGCAGCGGCAAAUCAAUAAAGACAAUGAGCUUUGGGAGAGAAACAGGAUGCUCACAUCCGGAGUUGUCCAAGCUGUGGAUUUAGAUGAGGACUUUGAAGAAGAGAGCGUAGCUAGAGUUCAUUUGCUAGUGCAUAACAUUGUCCCUCCAUUUCUCGAUGGCCGCAUUGUGUUCACUAAGCAACCAGAGCCUGUUGUCCCAGUAAAGGACCCAACCUCAGAUAUGGCGUUGGUUGCUAGAAAAGGUUCAGCGCUUGUUCGUGCAUUCCGUGAGCAAAAAGAAAGAAGAAGAGCUCAAAAGAAACAUUGGGAAUUGGCUGGAACAAAUAUUGGAAACAUCAUGGGUGUUCAAAAGAAAGAAGAAGACCGGGAUGAGAGGUUGAAUGACAAAGAUGAAACUGACUAUCGUACAGACCAAAAGUUUGCUCAGCAUAUGAAGGACGAUCCCGGGAACAAAAGCAGCGAUUUUGCAAAAAAGAAGACGUUUACAGAGCAAAGACGAUACCUUCCUGCAUUUGCUGUUCGACAAGAGCUUUUGAAUGUGAUUCGUGAGAAUAAUGUCAUCAUUGUGGUUGGUGAAACCGGCAGUGGAAAAACAACUCAAUUGACCCAGUAUCUGCAUGAAGAUGGUUACUCCAAGUAUGGCAUGAUUGGCUGCACACAACCGAGGAGAGUUGCUGCAAUGUCUGUGGCAAAACGAGUUAGUGAUGAAAUGGGAACGGUCCUUGGUGAAGAGGUAGGAUAUGCCAUCCGCUUUGAAGACUGCACCUCUGAUAAAACCAUCAUUAAAUACAUGACAGAUGGUAUUUUACUACGAGAAUCCCUCAGAGAGGCUGACUUAGACCACUACAGCGCAAUCAUUAUGGAUGAAGCUCACGAAAGGUCCCUUUCGACUGACGUUCUUUUUGGCCUCCUGCGAGAGGUUGUUGCACGGCGAACAGAUCUCAAAUUGAUUGUCACUUCGGCCACCAUGGAUGCAACCAAAUUUGCCAUGUUCUUUGGAAAUGUCCCAGUUUUUAAGAUCCCAGGUCGCACUUUCCCUGUUGAGAUUGUUUACAGCAAAAAUCCUGUUGAGGAUUACGUUGACGCAGCAGUCAAGCAGGCUCUCCAGGUGCACCUUCAACCAACUGUUGGAGAUAUUUUAAUCUUCAUGCCUGGCCAAGAGGACAUUGAAGUGACUUGUGAUGUGCUGACUGAGCGUUUGGGGGAAAUUGAAAAUGCUCCCCAACUUGCUAUUUUGCCCAUUUACUCGCAAUUGCCAUCUGACCUACAGGCAAAAAUUUUUCAAAGGGCACCUGAUGGACUCAGAAAGUGCAUUGUGGCUACAAAUAUUGCUGAAACUUCGUUGACAGUUGAUGGCAUUAUAUUUGUUGUGGAUGCUGGCUACUGCAAACUGAAAGUCUACAAUCCUCGUAUUGGUAUGGACGCCUUGCAGAUCUAUCCAAUCAGCCAGGCCAAUGCAAAUCAGCGUUCUGGAAGGGCUGGCCGUACAGGUCCAGGGCAAUGCUUCAGAUUAUAUACCGACAAGCAGUACAAAGAGGAGCUCCUUGCUGGAACAGUACCUGAAAUUCAAAGAACAAAUUUGGCCAAUACCGUUCUUCUUCUGAAGUCUCUUGGAGUGCAGGAUUUACUGCAGUUCCACUUCAUGGACCCUCCUCCGCAAGACAACAUUUUAAAUUCAAUGUAUCAACUUUGGAUUUUGGGAGCUCUCGAUAACACUGGCAGCUUGACACCACUUGGCAGGCAAAUGGCUGAGUUUCCACUUGAUCCUCCUCUAUGCCAGAUGUUGAUCGUUUCCGAGAAGAUGGGUUGUUCUGCUGACAUUUUAAUAAUUGUGUCCAUGCUGUCAGUUCCGUCAAUUUUCUAUAGGCCUAAGGGCAGAGAGGAAGAAGCCGAUGGGGUCCGAGAGAAGUUUCAAGUUCCAGAGUCUGACCAUUUAACCUAUUUAAAUGUGUAUAAUCAAUGGAAAAUGAAUAAAUACUCGGCAAGUUGGGCUAACGAGCAUUUCAUUCAUAUCAAAGCUAUGAGGAAAGUUCGAGAAGUCCGUCAACAGUUGAAAGACAUUAUGGAACAGCACAAAAUGAGAGUCGUCUCAUGUGGCACAGAUUGGGAUGUGAUUCGUAAAUGCAUCUGCUCUGCUUAUUUCCAUCAAGCAGCUCGUCUCAAAGGAAUUGGUGAAUAUGUCAACUGCAGAACAGGCAUGCCCUGCCAUUUGCACCCUACAUCAGCCUUGUUUGGAAUGGGCUUCACGCCAGACUAUGUUGUUUAUCAUGAGCUCAUCAUGACAGCAAAGGAAUACAUGCAAUGUGUCACUGCGGUGGAAGGCACAUGGUUAGCAGAACUAGGGCCCAUGUUCUUCUCCAUUAAGCAAGGUGGUAAGUCAGGCAGAGAAAAACGACAAUUGGCCCUUGUGCAUCAACAGACCAUGGAGGAUCAGAUGUUAAAGGCUCAGGAGGAAAUUGAGGAACGCAAGAAAGAGAAAGACCGGCAACAUCUGGCAAGCAUUAGGAAAGCGGAGGUGAUUGAACUGGGCAAACGAGAUCCAGGAACACCUAGAAGGACACCAAAACGAUUGGGGUUGUAGCCAGUUGUAGGUUUUUCCGACGAGGAUAUUAAAGGCAAAAAUUUAUUUUUAAAAAACAUUUCUGUUUCCA